AUCUCUCUCUCUCUCUCUCUCUCUCUCUCUCUCUUGAGAAGAGGAGAUCGUUCCCCGCUGUGAGGAGAGGAGUAGCGAACAAGACGCGAAGUGAGAAUCGUUCUCGUCUUCUUUUUCCGCAUCUCUAAGCUUCAAGAAUGGCUCCCGCUAGUUAUUCAGAUGCAACCCGUCAAAGAUCGGUGGAACAUCAAGAUAACACGCCGGUCGUACCGCCAAUUUCGUCUGCUCCAGCAAAGCAGCCUCAGAUGACCGCCAAAAGCGUAGACAGCCAUUCUGUGACUCGAAGGUUGCAAUCUGAGUUAAUGGCAUUGAUGAUGAGUGGCGAACCCGGAAUUUCUGCAUUUCCUGAAGGAGACAACAUCUUCUGCUGGAAAGGAACCAUUACAGGAAGCAAAGACACUGUGUAUGAAGGCAUGGUCUACAGGCUCUCACUGACAUUUUCUACAGAGUAUCCCUUUAAGCCACCGAAGGUGAAAUUUGACACGAUGUGCUUCCAUCCCAAUGUUGACACCUCCGGUAACAUCUGCUUGGACAUUCUUCAGGACAAAUGGUCAUCUGCGUAUGAUGUUAGGACAAUUUUACUGUCAAUUCAAAGCCUGCUCGGAGAACCAAAUAAUGACUCCCCACUAAAUACUUCAGCUGCUGCACUGUGGAGCAACCAAGAAGAAUUCAGGAAAUCAGUAGAAAUGCAGCGGCACAAGCUUUCAGGUGGAGUCGUCUAGCUGUCUGUUUCUUGUCAUAUACAGCUACAUUCAGUUGCCUCCCUCUGUUAAAAGGAUUGAUACUUCUUUUUGAGGCCAACAAUUCUUUAUCUUGUCUUUAUGCUCUUGGGCCCAUUGUGUGCUUUCCUCAUCUGUUUGUAUCUGCACCUUAUGAACUUAAUCGAAGGAAACAUUACUGAUCA